CCGUGUCGGAAGUUUCGAUAUUCGACACGCGCACAUGCCAGUACCUCAUCCACAUCAAGCCUGACGAGCCUUCUUCACCUUAACAGAGAGCAAAUCAAGAUCAUUAUGCAGAUUCAAGCUUCGCAGGCUGUACGUCGACCAAGGCCAUUCAAUGUCUUGAGUUUCAGAAUACCUUGAUGGCCAGCCCUAGCGAGCUUGGCUCUUACGUCAGUGCUCAACCUGGAAGCUCAGCUCUGUCUUAACCACUUCAAUGCUCGAAUGCGCCUGCGCUUCCUCCAGCUUCGACAUUCUUAUCCCACACACUGUGCAAAUAUGAAGUGGUUCCUCGCACUACCAGGCCUUCUGGCAGCCGGCCACGCGGCUGCCAUGCCGCAAUUGCGUGCGCAAUCGCAAACAGUCUUGAAGACUCCCUCCAAGCACAUCGGUGUCGGUCACUUUAGCGAAUGGAGCCGGGCUACGAAGAAGGCCUUCCUCAUGGACUGGCAAGCUGGCAAGUCUUCUGAAUGGACGAUCGUCAUGGGAAACGAGGGAGGUGAUUUAGAUUCCAUGACGGCCGCCAUAACGUGGGCUUACCACCUCGACCAUGCUACGGAAAACGACACGCAUCCAGUCAAGGCCAUCGCGCUCCUACAAACCCCCUCCCACGCUCUCGAUCUUCGACCGGAGAACAAGCUCGCGCUUGACAAUUCGCAGAUGACUGUACAUCAUGAAGAUCUUCUCACAUCGGACGAAGUACCUGAAGAUCCAGAAACGCUUUCGAGGAAGCUGAAGGGUAUCAUUCUUGUGGAUCACGGCGAGCCACUCCGCAAAUGGCGCGACGCAAAGAUCAUCAGCAUCUUUGACCAUCACAAAGACCGCGGUACUGCGCCGGAAGCCUCACCGCGGAUAUUCGAAAAGGUGGCAUCCUGCACGACUGUUGUUGCUCGGGAACUUCUCAACGAGCUCGAGAAGCUUCCCCAAGAGUAUCAUCUGAACCAUGAGUUUCUCGAGCUGAUCCUCUCCGCCAUCGCCAUUGACUCGGGCGGCCUGACCAGCGACAAGACCACCGACGAGGACAUCUCAGUCGCCAAGCGCAUCCUAGCGCGUAGCAACUGGAAAGACGACGAUCUCUCCAAAGUCAUGGAAGAGCUAGACGACGAACUCUCAUCCGCCCAAAAAGACAUCUCGCAACUUGGCCUGCGCGACCUGCUGCGUCGUGACUGGAAGGGGGACCUGAUCGACACGCCGUCGCCGCGCACCCCAACCGUCUCGCUCGGCUUUGCCUCCAUCCCGUACUCGCUGGACGAACAAAUCAAGAAGACCGACUUCGCGGAGCUCUUCGACUGGUUCGCGGUGCACGCUGCAUGGACCGCAGAGGCCGGUGUCGACAUCAGCAUCUGCCUGAACAAAUACAAGAUCAAGGACAAGAAGACAGGCAAGAAGGAGAAGAUUCGCGAGGUUGUGCUUACUGUGCGCGACGAUACGCGUGUGGAUCAGCAGCAGGCGGAUGCGUUGUUCAAGGUUAUCAAGGACGCGCUUGAGAACAACAAGGAGGGGAUUGAGUUGAAGCCGUGGCAUCGCGCGGAUGAGCUGAGUGCCAGGCAGAUGGUUUGGACGCACAAGAGUGGCGCGGGCAGGAAGGUGUUCAGGCCAAUUGUGGAGGACGCCGUCAUUGGGUGGGACAAAGUGGAUAUGGAGCUUUAGACAAUGACGAACUGAAGCAGAAGCCCUGUAUGUAGUAUGAGAUAUUGAUAUAUUGACUUUCGAGAUCUUUGUUAGAGGCAGGCAUGUCUGACCUUUUCUGUGUAUGGAUCUUUGUCACGCUCCACUGGGAUCCAAAUAACCAAACUUCAGAGCGACAUGCGUCUAAGUGAACAGAGGCAAUGGCGACCCUGUAUGUUGCUCUAGCAUCACAAUAUGCAUUGGCAACAGUU